GGCCCCAGGAGCUGUUCUAGAAACUUCUGGGGCCCUGCUUCUUCCCACGCCGCACGGCCUGAAGCUGAGAACGCUGCGUGGCAAGCGGGCCGCUGAGUUUCGGCCACUGGCGUUGGGCACUGCGGCGGCCUCGUCCCUACCCCCUGCUGGCUCUGGGGAAGUUUGUGCUGCUUCCUGUCUGGUUUCCUUGGGGAGAAACUGAAACGCAAAGGCUACAGCAUUUGCCCAUGAGGAAGGGCAAAGCCACAACUAGACCGAGAAUUCCCAGUUUACAGUCCUCUCUGAUAGUCCACAAGAACACCCAUCUUAUAAUUCCUAAUUGGAUUUUUGUCAGUUGCGGGAUCACCCCGCCCACCCCUGCGGCGCCAAAUACGUGCAGCGCAGGCGCGGGGAACUCUCGAAGGUAGCGGAAGGGACACGCUCGCUGGCCGCCCUGCACUGUGGGAAAUGUAGUCCUGGUGCCUUUCCUGCUGCGGUAGCUCUGUGAAGAGUGAGGGCCUCGAACUACUAUUCCCAGGACUCCUCGAGGUUUCCCAGGUUACUUUGCAGAGGUAUGGCGGGUAGUGAGUGAACGUAGGUACGGAAGGUAAUUAAAGCACUUUAAUUCGAGUAAAAAGAGCAUGGAAGGGAAGAGGAAGCGGACGCAGCUUCUUUCGUGAGCUAACGUUUUCGCCGAACACGCCGUGCAGAAUCACCCGUGUGAAUGUGUAGCCCUGAGUACACUCUGGCUGGUGUGUAUUGGGCAGUGAAGCUUUGCUCUUCGUAGUUGGCACCUUUCCAAAGCGGAGCAGUUUUCUGUGAUCAUGAUUUGUACUUUCUUACGAGCCGCACAGUGUGCGGAGAAGCUGCGCAGGUCGUCGGGGAAGCGGUUGUUCCCGCCACACUUGGUGCUUAACAAAGCUCGCCUGAAGACUGCGCCCAGCUUGAGCUGGGGUGUGCAAGAGCGAAAGAAAACGGUGCAACCCAAGUGUAUCCUUGGAGUCACCCGGAAAACCAUCUGGACGCAGGGGCAGAGCGCCCAGAGGGGAGGGGACGACAGCAGCAAACAAGUGUCUGUGCACGGUCAGGGACGGGAAACCGGCGUCUCGACGUCACAGAAAGUGAAAGAAGCUGGAAGAGAUUUUACCUAUUUGAUAGUGGUGCUUUUUGGAAUCAGCAUCACAGGUGGCUUGUUUUACACAAUUUUCAAAGAACUUUUUUCUUCAUCAAGCCCUAAUAAGAUCUAUGGGAAAGCCUUAGAAAAAUGCAGAUCACACCCUGAGGUCAUCAGUGUGUUCGGCGAGCCCGUGAAGGGCUACGGGGAGGCGACACGCCGCGGGCGGAGGCAGCAUGUCAGUUUUAUUGAAUAUGUAAAGGAUGGGCUGAAACACAUGCGCGUGAAGUUCUACAUCCAGGGCUCUGAGCCUGGGAAGCAAGGAACAGUGCAUCUUGAAGUGAAGGAGAACCCAGAAAGUGGCGAGUAUGAAUUUCGAUAUAUAUUUGUUGAACUUGAGCCCUACCCUAGAAGAACUAUUGUCAUUGAAGAUAAUCGAUCCUGAGGUGAUUGCGGAACCCUGGCAAGCACGGCUUCCGGGCAGAUGUGGCGUGGUGUGGACCCCCAGCCCUGCUCUUCCCUGCUCUUCCCUGCUCCUCCCGAGUCUGUAGAAUGAGAUAGGACAGAGUGUGUAGCGCAGAAAAGUGAAUGCAAGUGGGUAGUCAUUGCAUUUAAACACGGUGAACUGGAGGUUCUCUUGUAGAGGGCAAAAUCAUGAAGUAGAACAUAGUUUAUGCUAUCUCUGAAUCGAUCAUGGACGGUAUUUCUGCUCUAGUUAAUAUCCUCUUUCAUGAUAAGAAAUCUUAAUUAAAAAUUUUACACCAUGUAAAUAAGAGAAAAGAGUUGACUAUUUUAUGCUUUUAUGUUGUAUAACUGUAUAAAAUCUGUGAAAUAAAGUCAAAACUAACAAAAAGA